AUGAGGUACAAGAAGAAGGGAAAGCUAAGCCUAAAGUACAUAGGGCCAUAUGAGAUCAUUCAAAAAGUGGGAAAAGUGGCAUAUAAGUUGGAUUUUCCCAAUGAGUUGGAAAGGGUUCACAACGUGUUCCAUGUGAGUCAAAUUCGAAAGUAUGUACUUGAUGUGACACAUGUGCUACAGCCUGAAACCAUUGAGAUGAAUGAGAAUUUGACCUUUGAGGAAAGACUAGUGAAGAUUCUGGAUACCAAAGUAAGAAGCACAAGGAACAAGGAUGGGAGAAUUGUGAAAGUGUUAUGGACGAACCACAAAACUAAGGAGGCUACAUGGGAAGCUGAGGAUAAUAUGAGGAAACGUUACCCAAAACUGUUUGACUAA